ACAAAUGUCAGUGUCAUGAUUGUUAUGUCAUUUCGGGAAAAUAAUAGCUUGUAAAAAAUACGCUUUUGUAAUUUGUGAAAUUGUAAAAUAAAUAAAUAAGAAAAGUUAAUAAAAAUGUCGGAUAAUGACGAUGAUUAUAUGUGUGAGGAGGAGGAGGAUUAUGGCUUGGAAUACUCUGAAGACAGCAACUCGGAGCCAGACGUUGAUCUAGAGAAUCAGUACUACAACAGUAAAGCACUGAAAGAAGAUGAACCUCAGGCUGCUUUGCUUAGUUUUCAAAAAGUCCUGGAGCUGGAAGGAGGGGACAAAGGCGAAUGGGGCUUCAAGGCACUCAAACAGAUGAUCAAGAUUAACUUUAAAUUGGGUAACUUUACAGAAAUGAUGUCUCGAUACAAGCAACUGCUGACAUACAUCAAGAGUGCAGUCACUAGGAACCACUCGGAGAAGUCUAUCAACUCCAUCCUGGACUACAUCUCUACUUCUAGAAAUAUGGAAUUGUUACAAGACUUCUACGAGACCACCCUAGAGGCUCUUAAAGACGCCAAGAAUGACAGGCUAUGGUUCAAGACAAACACAAAGCUAGGAAAACUGUACUAUGAUAGAGGAGACUUCAAUAAACUCGCUAAGAUCCUCAAGCAACUACAUCAGAGCUGCCAGACCGAUGAAGGUGAAGAUGACUUGAAGAAAGGCACACAGUUGCUGGAGAUCUAUGCCCUCGAGAUUCAGAUGUACACCGCACAAAAGAACAACAAGAAGUUAAAGGCCUUGUAUGAACAAUCUCUGCACAUCAAGUCUGCUAUACCACAUCCACUCAUUAUGGGUGUCAUUAGAGAAUGUGGUGGCAAAAUGCACUUACGUGAAGGUGAGUUUGAGAAGGCUCACACAGACUUCUUUGAAGCGUUCAAGAAUUACGACGAGUCUGGCAGUCCCCGAAGGACAACAUGCUUGAAGUAUCUCGUCUUAGCCAAUAUGCUUAUGAAAUCUGGAAUCAAUCCUUUUGAUUCUCAAGAAGCAAAACCUUAUAAGAACGAUCCUGAGAUCUUAGCUAUGACAAACCUCGUGAUGGCGUAUCAGAACAAUGACAUUAACGAGUUCGAGUCCAUUCUGAAACACAACAGGAACAACAUUAUGGACGACCCCUUCAUCAGAGAACAUAUAGAGGAUCUGCUAAGAAACAUCAGGACCCAAGUGCUGAUCAAACUGAUUGGUCCCUACACCAGGAUUCAUAUACCUUUUAUAUCUAAGGAACUGAACAUUGACGAGAAGGAGGUCGAGAAUCUUCUGGUCACCUGUAUUUUAGAUAACACGAUCAGCGGUCGCAUCGACCAGGUGAACUCGGUGCUGGAGCUGGCGAGCAGCGCGCGCGGCGCGGCGCGGUACGGCGCGCUGGACAAGUGGACGGCGCAGCUGUCGUGCCUGCACCUGUCGCUGGCCAACAAGAUGUCGUAGUGCCGCGCCCCGCCCGCCCGCUCCCCCCCCACGCCGCGCGCGCCCACGCCCCCCGACUAUUGAUGCAGCGACCACAGGCAGCGGGCUGCGGGUAUUCUAGAAAAGCAUACGCUUCUCUAUAUCUUAGGUUUAUAACGCUACACGAUAUGACGAUGUGAAUUGGUGACCCAGUGAUAGCCAUCUUGUCGAUAAGCGCCACGUUCAAUGAGUGCAAUCCGAGUCGCUGAUUUCUAUUACUUACUAUUUAGAUUUCAGUAAAUUAGUGACAAGGAUGUUGCACGUGAACGGCGCUGCUAUACGUGUGGACAAUUUACUAUUGGCUUAUAAGAAACACAUUUACAUAUGUACAGUGCUAACCUGCAAGACAGUGCGAGAAAGAUCGCCUCAUUCGAUGUCAUUCACUUUUCGCGACAGACGUGUUCCCUGCAUGAAGUUGACCAAGUACUUUGUAUUAUAAAUAACUGAUAGAACCACUUCAUUUACUAAAGUGUAAUCUUUUUUCUGUAAAACUAGAAUUGUGAAGUUAAUCUUUCCAUCUUGUGAAUUAACACAUUUAUACAUGCAGUACAGUAAAAUAAUGACUGUCUUUGUUCUAAUAUAAGCAGAUAAAUGCAAUUACUUAUAGAUAGUUUGUAAUUUUUAGUCAGUUUUUAUUUUAUUUUAGGACAUGGAUGUGGCUGAAAUGUUUGCACAAGGAACUAUUAUAGAUAGAUUACAAUUUUGUGUAUAAGUAGUAUUGAGAUGUAGAUCUAGGACACUGUCUGGUUCGGAUUUAAACUAAAACUUCAUGCGACACACGUAAUGUCGUGAAACAUUGUUUUUCAAAUAGAAAUGAUCAACAGAAGAGUUGGAAUUGGAUAUGUGAUAUUGUAUAUGGAUGCGUGUAGUGAUAGUUUAUAUAUUUGUGAAUAAUGUAAUAUUUCGACACAAAUUGUUAAAAUACAUCGUACGGAGGCUCGAGCUCGACAUGAUCUUACUUGUAAUAUUUGGGAACAAUCUCGGCAGAACAACUACUGUUGACACGCCUCUAUUCAGUGCAGUGUUAUGCAAAUACACGAUUUCAUGUAA